GCGUUGGCCACGCGCGUUGUCGCUGCCCGAUGGCUCCCCGGGGCUGCUGGCCGCUCGGCGCCUGGGUUCUGAGCUGCGUGGAGCAGUGAGGCUCAAGGCCCGAGGAAGGAUGGCUGGGAAGAGGGGUAGACUCCCGAAAGGAAGGCUCCUCAUUUGUUUUGAGAGAGACGUUCAUCUUGUGCUCGCGGCUUUGUUUUCAGGCAUCAGGAGGUGCUAGGAAUCAUGGGCAGCCGGCACAGGUGACCAUUCAUGCCCGACAGCCCUGAAAGUGUGUCCUGCCCCAGUCAAGAAGAGCAGGAUCAGCCAGAUCAGGAAGCAGCCGCUGGCAGAUGGCCGUGGAGAUCAUCAGCCAUGCAGGCUGUGCCACGCCUUCCCGGGAGAGUCUGGAGCACAGCAUGAUCCUGGACAGCCCUACAGAGCGUGGCCAAAGCAGGGCAGAGCUUGGGAGGGUCCUUGCUGACCUAGCAGCAGUGGCAGAAAUCGGUAACCUUGGCCCUGCGCUGAGGGACCACGAGCCCACGGAAGGCCCUGGUGCCAAUGCCAUGGCCUUGAUUUGCGGGGACUGCGGCAAGAGCUUUGCUAGGAAGUCGGACUUCAAAGUACACCAGCGAAUCCACACAGGGGAGAGACCCUACACAUGCUCCUACUGCAGCAAGGGCUUCUACCAGGCCUCCAUGGUUCGGCGGCAUGAGCGCACGCACACCGGCGAGAAGCCGUACCGCUGCUCCGUGUGUGACAAGUCGUUUGCCCGCUCCACCUCGCUGCUGAUCCACCAGAACACGCACACCGGCGACCGGCCUUACGAGUGCCCCUUCUGUGAGAAGACCUUCUCCGACCCCUCCACCCUUCUCCAGCACCGCAAGAUGCAUAUGGGCCUCAAGCCCUUCCACUGCGGGAUCUGCAACAAGUCCUUUAGCCAGUCAUCCAGCUUCACCUUCCACCGGGCCACACACACCAACGAUCGCCCUUUCGUCUGUGCCGAUUGUGGCAAGGCCUUCAUCCGCUCCACAGCCUUGCUUAAGCACCGCCAGACCCACGUCCAGAAGUCUUUUCGCUGCGGGGAAUGCAGCAAGGUCUUCCCGAAGCUCUCAGGCCUCCGCUCCCACCAGCGUAUGCAUGCCCAAGGCCGACGGAUAGAGAUGGAGCUGAGGGAGAACAAGCGGAGGUGCUGGGAGGACAGGCGAGAUGUUGUAAAGCUGGGGUUCCCUGCCCCAGAUCCUCUGCCUCAAGACUGUCCCCUCCUGAACUUGGCUCCGCAGGAAGAAUCCAAUGAGGAAUACCCUUGCAGCAGUUUGGCUCAGGGAUCCUAUGAGGACAGGAAGAGGAGCAUGCACCUGCCACAUGGAAAUGAGGAUGAAGGUAGUGAGGAGGAUGAAGAAGCUGAGGAAAGCCACAGUGGCUAUUUUGGGGAUGGCUUGCGGGAGGACUGUGAAAGACUAGAUCUGGUGUCUAGCAGCUCUGCACUUGGGGAGAACAUGCCAGAGGACCUGUUAUGCAAGGAAGAUGAAGUCUUCUAUGAGACUUUCACGCUCAUCAAUGCCAAUGGCGUGGCCAAGCAGCUGAACAUGAAGGUCAGUCUUCGCACCCAGAGUGAGGAGGAUGGCGAGCAAACUGACAGUGACUUUGAUCCCUCUGGGGACAGCCUGUCUUGCAAUGGCACAGAAAGCAUUCAGACCUACACACGCAGGAAAGCCGAGGCGGGGGCAUUCCCAGGAAACCUGGGUGUAGACUCCAGCAAGCCGGGGGGCAGCAAAGACCUUUCCCUGAAAGGCAGGAGAACAGUGAAGCGGCUGCCCCUGAAAGCCACCAAAAAGCUGGGCGAGGUGGCAGGCAGUGUCGGGGCCCUGAAAGCAGAUGCGAUGAGGCGGAUCCGGAUGGCAACCCAAGUGACAGGCAGUGAGGCAGAUGAGCGGCCUUACAAGUGUGUGCAGUGUGGGCGGGCCUUUAAGAAAUCCAGCAACCUGCUGAGCCACAUCGAUACCCACAGUGGGGCCAAGCCAUAUGCCUGCGAGCUGUGUGGCAAGGCCUACUCCCACCAGGGCACACUGCAGCAGCACCGGCGGCUGCACACAGGUGAGCGCCCCUACAAGUGCCCCUUCUGCAUCAAGGCCUACACCUGGUCCUCAGACUACCGCAAGCACAUCCGCACGCACACAGGCGAGAAGCCCUACCAGUGCCUGGACUGUGAGAAGGCCUUUGUGCGCUCUUCUGACCUGCGCAAGCACCAGCGCAACAUGCACAGCAAUGACAAGCCCUUCCCCUGCCCAGACUGUGGCAAGACCUUCAACAAGCCACUGUCCCUGCUGCGCCACCAGCGCACCCACCUGGGUGAGAAACCCUUCCCAUGCCCCGACUGUGGCAAGGAGUUCGCCGUGGCCAGUCGCAUGGUGGAGCACCAGCGGGUCCACACUGGUGAGCGCCCCUUCUCCUGCUCUGUCUGCGGCAAGGCCUUCACCAAGUCCUCCAAUCUCUUCGAGCACCAGACGCUGCACACAGGCCAGCGUCCUUUCAAGUGCUCUGAGUGUGGCAUGGCCUUCGCCCAGUCCUCCCGCCUCAUCCGCCACCAGCGUAUCCAUACUGGGGAGCGUCCCUUUUCCUGUGGCCAGUGCGGCCAGGCCUUCGCCCGCUCCUCCACUCUCAAGCGGCACCAGCAAAUCCAUAGCGGGGAGAAAACCUACUUGUGCUCGGACUGUGGCAAGGCCUUCCGGCACGCCUCCCAGCUCACCCAGCAUGCGCGGGUGCACACAGGCGAGAGGCCCUACAGAUGCUCCCAGUGCAGCAAGGCCUUCACCCAGUCCACCCACCUUGUCCGCCACCAGGCCAAGCAUGGCAUCGGGAAAGGGGAGCCAUUCUCCUCCAAUGAAUGAGCCUCUUUCCUCUGGAGGGGAGGUGGGGGCAGCACCCCUCCUCCCCCAUCUGCACAAGAAGGCUGGCUCCCUGUCAGCAGGAUUAGCCUCUCCCCCUACUAGAGAAGCACUUUGCUUUGGACACUACUUUCUCUCUCUCCUGAUUGCUUGGAGGGGUCUCAGCCUUUCCCACUGAACCCCAUGAAACUGGGGCACAGAUGGGAAGGCAAGCCAGUGCAGCUCCUGGUCAACCAGGCUUUGGAGACUCAUUCUUCCUCCUCUUUUAGGGCAGCAGAUAAGCCAGGGAGCAAUAAGUAUCAGCAUAAAAUAAAGCUUCUUGAAAUAGGCUCUCUCCCAAUGCAGGGCUGAAAACCACAAAAAUGAGCUGAACCAGGCAGAGAGAAAUAGGAGAGUGAACCGUGUACAGCAGUAUAGAUCAGGGGUUGUUCUCAAAAGGAGCUGCUCGCUAACCAGAAAAUGUGUUUUCACCAAUGCACAGGAAAAGAGCCCAAUCAAAGCUACAUUUGCCUACCUGUAAUAGGGGCAGGGGAGUAAGGAGAGCAAUUACGAAGAAUGUUUACACCUUAUUCAUCUGUCCAGUCAUGCAAUUCAGUUCUCUGCCAAGAUCUCCCUGAUGGGCAAGGGCUGAGAACCCAUCACCCACUGACUGAUAUGCCACAAACCUGUUUUUCUUCCAGAGGAUCUCAUGCCCAUUCCUCUGUACCCCCAAAUGUAGGCCUAUUCUGAAAACUGACUAGAUAAGAAAAAGGCAGUGCUACUCCUUUUGUGUUGAUUUAGAACUGCAUCUGCAGACUUCAGUGACAAAACAGCACUUUUUUUGCACCUGUUUGCCCUCCAGACCAGCUCAGUUAAGGAAGUGUGAACUGUAGUCUAUCAUAGCUCAUGCUUCGCUAGCAGAAUUAUUUAAUGAGGGCUAGUCUAUAUGCAGAGAUUGCACAGAUUUCACUGACUUAAUUUAAACAAACAAACAAACCAGUUAAAGUGAUGAGUAGGCAAGAUCUAAAUUCACCAGUGAAAGGCCCGGGAAAGAAAUGGACUAGAACAAGGAUUACUUGGGUCACAUUUCAUGGCCAAAAUCUUUGUUACUGUUGAUUACUGGCAAAAACGCACAAGAAGAGAAAAAAAUGUUCUGAACACUGAGAGCCCAGGUGAUGUCUACAAGGCCACAACUACAAAAUACAACACUUUUAGUUAAGCACACUGCACACGGAAUUCACCAACAGACUAUAAACAAGGAAUCUCAUACUGUCGUUUUUGGAGAGAGACUUUUCAAAGCAGAAUUGCACUUUGCAAUGUUGUUAUAGAGAUAUGUUCCUUAAGAUGUCCCAGUGUACAACUUCUUGAUAUAAGCAGCUUUCCAGAUACCUGACAGAUGGUGCCAUUUACAAAUAUGAAAUUUCAAAUGCAAAAGUAUAUGGUACAUAUGUAUUAUUAUAGGAUAAUUAUAAACUAAAGCACUGACAACAUUAUGAUCUUACCAGUCUGUUGUUAAAAAAAGGAAAGGAAAGGAAAGGAAGGGGAAGGGGAAGGGAAAAAUAAAGAAAAGGGAGGCAGAGGGAAGAAAGUACUAUUUGUAGCUGUGCUGACUCCAGCUGGGUGAAUAAUUGAUAUGUUCCCUGAUGCUUUAUACAACAAUUUUCUAGUGAAAGCAGAGAUAUUUGGUGGCAAAUACAGACUUGGCCAAUUUCUGGAAUUAAUAGCACAGGAUCAGACACCAGAUUAACCGAAGACAGCUCUAUCAGUGAUAUGAGUCAGCAACCUCCCACUGCUCAGUUCUGCAUGUGCAGUAUUCAUAAUUCCUCGUGUUUCUCCUUUCAUAACAUGUAUGUCCCAAGGCUCUUACCUGCAACAGCAAUCCCAAAUAAGCAGUCGUAGCUUCCUGACUAAGCUGAUGUCUCAAGUCCCCUCUCCAGACUGGUUUGAAUUCUGCCAGUUUAACUUCACAACCAGAAAAAGACUCUAAUAUCAAGUUGACUUUGACUCUGCUUAAUUAGGUACCAAUUAGGGCUGUGCAAAAUGGCAGUGUUCUGUUUCGACCAGUGUUUCGAUGGAACAGCGUUUCGUUUCAAUUUUGUUUCGAUUUGAAACAGCUGUUCCGUUCUGUUCUGUUCUGUUCUGGUCAAAACAGGGUCGAAACGGCGAAACUGUUUAGAUGUUUCACCCAUAGGAUAUAAUGGGGAAGGACAAAACAGCCUAU